GCAGCUAAGGCGGCGUGUCGGCACUGAGGAGGAUGGAGGCGCCCCUGGUAAGCCUGGAGGAGGAGUUUGAGGAGGGGCCCGGGGACGAUGGGGGGACCCCGCAACGCGCUGCGGACCCGGCGCUGGCCGAGCUGGAGAGCUUCUCGGCCGAGAUGAUGAGCUUCAAGUCGAUGGAGGACCUGGUGCAGGAGUUCGACGAGAAGCUCACCGUCUGCUUCCGCAACUACGACGCUGCCACCGAGGGCCUGGCCCCCGUGCGGGGGCGUCUCCAGGCGCAGGAGGAGGAGGAGCGCCUCCAGGAUGAGGAGGUCUGGGAUGCUCUCACCGAUGGUUUUGCCCCCCGGGGCUCCCCCCGGCCCUGGCUGCUCCCCGGGACUGAGGCUCCCGAUGGCUCCGACACCCAGCUCUGCGAGAAGGAGGAGGAGGAGGAGGAGGAGCUCACUGAGAGGAGUGAGCAAGACUCGGGCAUCAACGAGGAGCCGCUCCUGACAGCUGAGCAGGUCAUCGAGGAGCUGGAGGAGCUGAUGCAGAGUUCGCCUGACCCUGAGGCCGACCCCGAGGGGGAUGAGGAUGAGGAAGAGGAGGAGGAGGAGGAAACCGAGGCCGAUGCUGAAGGCGAAGGCGGGGGCACGGAGCCCAUCCUUCUGCGUGAGCUGCGUGCGUUCUCCCCUGCCUUCAACAACAACUGCUCGCACGAAG